UCCGUCGUCACUUUGCGGCUGGCGGCGGCGUUGGGGGGACUGGGGGAGACGACGAUACGAUGUUACCGCGGGGGGCGCUCGGGUUGCGGGUUCUUGGCGUGGCCAUCGCAGUGUGGUGCGCCGCGAUCGGUGGCGGCGCGGGGCAGGACCUCGCGGCGGACACGGCGGCGCUGCUCGCGUUCCGGGACGCGGUCGGCGCGCGGCUGCCGUGGGCGCCGUCCUCCUCCUCCUCCUCGUCGCCGUGUGGGUGGCGCGGCGUCCGGUGCGACGGUGCCCGUGUCGUCGCGCUGCAGCUGCCCGGAGCGAAGCUCGCCGGGAGGGUGCCGAUUGGGACCGUGGGCAACCUGACGGGGCUGCGGACGCUGUCGCUCCGCUCCAACGCGCUCUCCGGCGAGAUCCCGGCGGAUAUCGGCAACUGCGGUGAGCUCAGGGCGCUCUACCUGCAGGGCAACCAGCUGUCCGGCGAGAUACCGGAGGGCUUCUUCUCGCUUCAGUUGCUACAGCGGCUCGACCUCGCCCAAAACCGCAUCUCCGGCGGGGUCUCGCCGGAGUUCAACAAGCUUAGGCGGCUCGCCACUCUGUACUUGCAGAACAACAGCCUCAAUGGCACCCUCCCCGCCGACCUUGACCUCCCGAGGCUUCAGCUCUUCAACGUCUCCUACAACGACCAGCUCACCGGCUCUGUGCCGGCGUUGCUCGCCGAUGAGCCGGCGAGCGCCUUCAUUGGGACAGGACUCUGCGGUGAUCCUCUAAGCCCGUGCACAAACCCUGCGCCACCAUCACCGUCGCUGCCUCCCUCUCCGCCGAUUCCGCCGCCUCCAGCUGCUCCUCAAGAUAGCAAGAGCAGCAAGCUCUCCGGUGGUGCAAUUGCCGGCGUCGCUGUCGGCGCCGCAGCGGCGUUGUUGGUGGCGCUCGCGGUGAUCAUCCUCCUCUGUUUGAAGCGUCGAACGAGAAAGGAAGGGGGGCCCGCGUACACCGACGAGGACGCGUCCCCGGUGUCUGUCACGGUGGCGAGGACGGACAAGGCCGAGAUGAAGCGGUCGCGCUCGUCGCAAGCAGCGGCGAACAGCGCCAAGAAGCUGGUGUUCGUCGGUGGCGAGCCGGACGUGCCCUACGACCUGGAGACGCUGCUGCACGCGUCGGCCGAGGUGGUCGGGAAGGGCUGGCUCGGUACGACGUACCGCGCCACCCUUGAGGGCGGCGCCGCCGUGGUGGCCGUGAAGCGGCUUAGGGAUGCGCCCAUCCCGGAGAGCGAGUUCCGCGACAAGGUGGCCACGCUCGCCGCCCUCCGCCACGAGAACCUCGCGCCGCUCCGCGCCUACUUCUACAGCAGGGGCGAGAAGCUCCUCGUCUCGGACUUCGUCGGCGCCGGAGCGCUCUCCUCCCUCCUCCACGGCGGCAGCGGCGCCGUGCGACGCGCGCGGCUCGGCUUCACGUCGCGGGCGCGCAUCGCGCUGGCGGCGGCGCGCGGCGUCGCGUUCAUCCACGGGGCCGGCUCCUCCGCCCACGGCAACAUCAAGUCAUCAAACGUCGUCGUCAACCACGCGCACGACGGCGCCUACCUGACCGACCACGGCCUCGUCCAGCUGCUCGGCGCCGCCAUGCCGCUGAAGCGGGUGACCGGGUACAGCGCCCCGGAGCUGACGGACUCGCGCAGGGCGUCGCGGGAGGCGGACGUGUACAGCUUCGGCGUGCUGCUGCUCGAGCUGCUCACCGGGAGGAUACCGGCGAACGCGGUGCCGGGGUUGGACGGCGUCGACCUACCGCAGUGGGUGCGCUCGGUGGUGCAGGAGGAGUGGACGGCCGAGGUGUUCGACGCCAGCGUCGCCGACGAGGCGCACGCCGAAGAGGAAAUGAUGCGGCUGCUAAAGCUCGCCAUCGAAUGCACCGAGCAGCGGCCGGAGCGGCGACCCGUCAUGGCCGAGGUGGCGGCGCGGAUCGAGCACAUCGUCGACGGCGCCGUCCGGAACGCCGACGUGGACGAUUCCGAGAGCGUUUCAUCCUGACCACUCAACCUGAUCUCGCUCUCAGUAGCUUCAGCGACAAUAUUUUUAAUUUUUCAGUUCAUUGGUGAAAAACUGUACAAUUUUUUUUCCAAAUUUUUCAACAUGUUCAUACUUCACACUGUGAUUUGUACAGCAUUUAUUUGUUUCUUUGUCUUCUGCAUAUUAGUGUUUGGUGAAUUUCAUGUACAUCUUUGUUCAUCAUAGUUAU